CGCACGCGCGUCCAACACCAGCGGGCACGCGCUUAAGACCGUAGCUCUGGCGCGAGCUUGUGCAUUAGUGGAGUUGAGAAAAGCCUCGAGCGGGGAAUAAACACCGGACAGCGCGCACUCGGGAUGUGAUCCAUCAAACCGACUGAACCUCUAGAACCGGAUUAUUUAAUUCAGCUUGAUUGCACUUGCGGAAACAUCCAAAUUGGUUCUUCCUGUUUGUUUCACAACAUUGAUCAGAAGUCAGACUUCACGUCUCCUGAGCAGUGCACCGGUUUUAUUCCGUUAUAAACGCUGGUUUCCGUGUGUCGGACUUUUUAAAAGCAUGCGGUGGAAGUCGGGUCUGUCACCGCCGCUGUGGAUGAUGAUGGUGAUGAUGAUGGUGAUGUGCUGCUGGAGUUUGGUCUCCGGUGCGGCGCGCGGUGAACCAGAGGCGCCUCACGCGGACACGCUGGACUUCGGCUUUGUCCCGGCAGUGGUGUACGAGACACACGCGUACUAUGAGCCAGGACCCGUGGACGUCCUCUUUCACAUAGUGCACGCGUUUCUGUACACUGUACAGCCAAACCCGUUCCCAGCAGAUCUCGUUGUCAAGAUUCUGCAACAAAACAUGAAGCGAAUCAAACCAGAGGAGCUCCAGAAGCCUGAGAACAUUGUCCUGACGCUACAGGCCAUUUAUUAUGAGAUCGGCUUCAUCGUGCUGGCAACCUUGGGUGUUGUGUUCGUGCUGCUGAUGCCACUGGUGGGUUUAUUUUUCUGCCUGUGCCGCUGCUGCGAGAACUGCGGAGGCGAGAUGCACCAAAGGCACCGCAAAAAUGCUGACUGCCAGCGUGGCUUCUAUACAUUCUCGCUCAUCAGCUCAACUGUGUUUAUCGCAGUGGGUGUACUGGUUGCCUACACUGGAAGCCACAACAUUACAUCCCAGAUGAAAAGUACCAAGCGACUCGUCAGCUCCAACAUAAAAGACCUGAAAUCACUGGCCAGUUAUACGCCAGCGCAAAUCGAGUAUCUGACUGCACAGUACACAACAGCCAAAAAUAAAGUUCUCUCUGAUCUAGACAACAUUGGGCUGUUGUUGGGUGGGCGGAUACACAAGCAGCUGGAUAGAGAUGUGACGCCAGCUUUAGACAAUGUACUGCGCAUGGCAGCAGUCAAAGUGGAAAGUGCUAUUAAAGCAAUGCGAGACACUAAGGAGGCUUUAGAGAACGUGAGCACAUCUUUAGAGACGUUACAAGAAGCAACUACCAAGCUGCGGAGGUCUUUACAGUCGGAGCGCAGUUCACUCUCAAACACGCUCAACGAUCCAGCCUGCAGCAGCGGGAACGCCACACGCGCCUGCAACAACAUCCGGGACGCGAUCAACCAGCUCGCUGUCGGCGCCGACUUUAACGGGCUACCGGAUGUCGGCCCUCAGUUAGCAAAUCUAGAAACUGUGAUGGAGACGGAUCUCAGCUACAUUGUACAGAAGGGCUACUCUGCUUUUAAUGACACUUCCAGUAUAGUGAGGGAACAGACACAAGACAUUGUGGGCAAAGUGAAAGCUUUGUUGGAUACGUCAGAAGCAGAGAUUAUUGCUUUCACCAAUGCGUUGCCAGUGGAACCAGCGGUGGAGAACUUCACUCGGUUUCUGACAGAAACAGAGAAGGACAUAGAAGCGUUCUACCCACAGAUUGACCAGUUCGACUUUUACAGGUGGAUGGGGUGUGUGGUGCUGUGCUGUAUGGUCGUGCUGAUCCUGACUUUUACCCUUCUGGGUUUGAUGUGUGGAAUGUGUGGCCACGAUAAGAACACCACACCUACAACACGUGGCUGCCUCUCAAACACAGGCGGCAAUCUCCUCAUGGCGGGCGUUGGCUUUAGCUUCAUCUUUUCAUGGGUGCUAAUGGGAGUUGUGGUCACCACAUUUGUUACUGGAGGAAAUGUGGAGAAGCUCGUGUGUGAGCCUCUGGCCAACAGACAACUGUUUAAGAUCCUAGACACACCGUACAUGGUCCAUCCUGGCAAAAAGAACUUCCUCCCUGACAUGCUGUUUCGAAACCCCAACAUUGACCUUACCAUCGGCAGCCUGUACAGUGAGUGUUAUGAGAAUAAUGGGAUAUAUUCUGCACUACAACUCGAGAACCAGUUCCACUUCGUCCAGUUCAUCAACAGAACCGUGAAUAACCAUGACCUGGCAGCGAUAUUUGAGGAGGUAAAUGUAGACCUGGAAGGAAUAAUCCUGCUGGGGGAAGAAGGAAAAGACAAUCUCAUCAAUUUUGCUAAUGCAGGCCUUGGAGAAAUCAACUACGAGGCCUACUUUUCAGAGGUCAAUAAAGGAGUAACUGUUGUAGAUCUUCUCUCCUUUGCCAAUGAUUUGGAGGCCGAAGCAGACCAUCUGCCACGUGGUGCUCUCGGAAAUGCGCUAAAGGGUCACGCUAGCAACAUCAGACAGAUCCAUAAAGAGCAAGUAGUGCCCAUGGAGCAAGCCAUGAAAUUUGUCAGAGCCAGGAGCUCAUUAAGUCAAAGCAUCAGGUUACUACAGACCACAGUCGAUGAACUUCCUACGAAAGUGACUAAUGUGCUGAGUGCCAUUGCUACAGCGGAGUAUCUAAUUGCCAACAAUGCCUCACAUGUGGUCAAAAAGGAGACAGAUAAAUACGCAAAGAAUCUGAUGGGAUACCUCAGACAAUAUGUUAACUGGGUUCAGCUUUCGUUAAUGAUGGAGGUAGCUCAAUGCAAACCCAUCAGUAAUAUCAUUGACUCGUUGGAGAUUGUUGGCUGCAGUUUCAUAGUGGACUCAGUGAACACAUUCUGGUUCGGUCUGGGUGGCUGCUGUUUGUUCCUUAUCCCCAGUAUCAUCAUGUCCGUCAAACUUGCCAAAUUCUACCGCAGAAUGGACACCGAGGAUGUAUUCGAGGAUGGCACAGAGAACUGGAGUUAAACAGUCCAUCAAUGGAGUGACCUAGGUGUAAUUUUGUUCCAAAAGAAGAAAAAAGAGGAUGAGCGGGGGAAAGGGAAAUAUGCAGAAGGAGAUACUGAUUAUUUCCAUAAAGCCAAAUUACAUCACAUAAGCUAUGAAAGCUGUCUUUAUCCCUGUUAUCCUCAGCUUUAAAACAAAAACAUACCUAAUACUUUGGACCAUUUGAUGCACUGCUGCUUAUAUAUUAAUAAUGAUCUAUGGUGUUCAAAAUAUCAUGAACAUUACUUUGUUUACUACAAGAAGCUACAGUUUUUAUAGAUUGUUCCUUUCUAUUUAUAAUGUGAUGAUUUUUUAAAAAUGUGUAUAUUAAAAAAAAGACAAAACAAUAUAUUAUAUACAGUAUCUCACAAAAGUGAGUACACCCCUCACAUUUUUGUAAAUAUUUCAUUAUAUCUUUUCAUGUGACAACACUGAAGAAAUGACACUUUGCUACAAUGUAAAGUAGUGAGUGUACUCAGUGUUGAACUUCCAGUGACCAGUAUGAGGGAGUGUGAGAGCGAUGACACCAAAUUUAACACACCUGCUCCCCAUUCACACCUGAAACCUUGUCACACUAACAAGUCACAUGACACCGGGGAGGGAAAAUGGCUAAUUAGGCCCAAUUUGGACAUUUUCACUUAGGGGUGUACUCACUUUUGUUGCCAGCGGUUUAAACAUUAAUGGCUGUAUGUUGAGUUAUUUUGAGGGGACAGCAAAUUUACCCUGUUAUACAAGCUGUACACUCACUACUUUACAUUGUAGCAAAGUGUCAUUUCUUCAGUGUUGUCACAUGAAAAGAUAUAAUCAAAUAUUUAUAAAAAUGUGAGGGGUGUACUCACUUUUGUGAGAUACUGUAUAUAGUAAAGCCUUGAUAAGGGCUUAAUGACUGUACUUAUAAUCAUUUGUAAUUUGUUAACAUUGUUUUGGAAGCCUACAUAUAAACGCUAAAAAAGCUUUGUAAAUCUCCAAUAAUGUAUUAUAAUUAAUUUAUUGAUGACUUUUAAACAUGUAUCAUAAGAUGAGUAUGUUCCAGAUAUUAUGUUGUUCAAUGAUCAGAUCAUUUGACUUAAUUCCAAUUUUCUGCUAGAAUUUUGAUUGCUUUUCAAAUAUUAAUUGUGUUUUAUAGAAUUGGGGGACAGUAUGCUUGUAAGGCAAAAACAAUCGAAGAUAUCUCAAGUGUUGUAUUGGAGUUUUAUAAUAACACAUUUUUACCAAAUGACAAAGAAUUAUAAACAAAGUUACAAUUAUUUAUGAAUGCAAAGUUCAUAGUGUUUAUAAAAAGUAGUCUUUGUAAUUGAGACAACCUGGUGUAGAACUUUAAGUAAAUAUUGGUCUAUGACAAUGAGCUUCCUAAAUUGUAAUAUGGUUUCUGAUUAUCUGAACUAUUAUGAACUCGGUAGAAAUAAAAUGGUUGGCAGCUGUGUCAUGAGUUUUAACAUUCUAUAUUUGGGAGAAAACCGGAUUUUUUUUUUCUGAUUCAAACAUUAAACUAGCUUGUUGAAGGUUGAUAAAAAGUUAUAUAAAUUUCAAAUAAACCUAAUAAAAAUGUUUUAAUGAUUUCCA